AGAGCUCAUAUUUUGUUUGAACAGCCCUUGAAGAAUGCAAAAAUCGUGGGAUGCACUCAUAUCAAUGCUCAAACCGCUGUCCUAAUUGAAACUUUAGUACAUUUGGGAGCGCAAGUUAGAUGGGCAGCAUGCAAUAUAUAUUCCACACAGAACGAAGUGGCUGCUGCGCUUGCACACGCCGGUUAUCCAAUAUUUGCCUGGCGCGGUGAAACGGAAGAAGAUUUCUGGUGGUGUAUUGAUAAAUGUGUAGCAGCAGAGAACUGGCAACCGAAUAUGAUAUUGGAUGACGGCGGCGAUGCAACUCAUUUGAUGCUCAAAAAAUAUAAUGCCAUGUUUAAGAUGAUUCAAGGGAUUGUUGAAGAAAGUGUGACAGGAGUACACAGAUUGUACCAAUUAUCGAAAGCAGGUAAAUUAUCCGUCCCUGCUAUGAAUGUCAAUGAUAGCGUGACAAAGACCAAGUUCGACAAUCUUUACAGUUGCCGCGAAAGUAUUAUCGAUAGUUUGAAAAGGUCCACAGACAUCAUGUUUGGUGGCAAGCAAGUUGUUAUUUGUGGCUACGGCGAAGUCGGUAAAGGCUGUUGCCAGGCUCUCAAAGGCUUAGGAUGUAUUGUUUAUAUAACCGAAAUCGACCCGAUCUGUGCUUUGCAAGCUAGUAUGGACGGGUUCAGGGUGAUGAAACUGAACGAGGUUAUAAGGAACGUAGACAUCGUAAUAACAGCGACAGGCAAUAAAAACGUAGUUACGCGUGAACAUAUGGACAAGAUGAAGAACGGAUGCGUAGUGUGCAAUAUGGGUCACAGCAAUACGGAGAUAGAUAUUGUACGUUUAACCCUUUAA